UUCAUUGCUCUCUUUCUGCACGGCCAUCAUUUGUUUUUUGUUGUGACAGGAGUCCUUCACAGCUCAUAUUCUUUCUUUUUUUAUGCGUGUAGGUCUUAUUUAUUAGGGUAGUUUUAUUUAAAAAUGCGGUAUUUUUAAUUACACUCAUAUUUAAUUAUCUUAGUACUCAUUUAUAGUGUGCGGAGUUCACUAAAGAGGCACGUCUGGUCAGUACGUUCAUAAAGGUCGGAUGACAGGUGAGAGUUUGGGUUUUACUCUAAAAAGACAUAAUGAGCGACAGCGUUCAUCUAAGUUGGACAAACACGGGUAAAGACGACCAAGCCCCCGCAGCCGCGGACAGCAGCACCACUCCGUCCGACCAGGAGAGCUUCCCGUACGACGCGGAAGACCCGGGCGAAGAGAGCGACGCGGCGGAGCCGAGAGACGGCGCGGUCAGUCCGGAGGAGCUCAACGACGACGACACGUCCGGGGAGAGCGAGAACGUGCCCAAGACCUGCACCUAUGACGGCUGCACGGAGACCACGACGCAGGUGGCCAAAGCCAGGAAACCCUGGAUGUGCAAAAAACACCGGAAUAAAAUGUACAAGGACAAGUACAAGAAAAAGAAAAGCGACCAGGCCAUGUCCUCGGGAAAACUAGAAGAGGGCUCGGAGGAGAGGCCUGUAUCUGUUACUAAGCAACGGCUGGGUACCAUAGGAGACAGACCAAGCAGACCGUCCCUCAUCGAGCAGGUGCUGAACCAGAAGAGACUGUCUCUGCUGAGGAGUCCGGAAGUCAUCAGUUUCCUUCAGCAGCAGCAGCGUUUACUGACCACACAGAAUCAAGCUCAAACACAGCACAACUACUGAUGACUGAAGAUGUUUUACUCACCCUGUCGAGGAUUUAAUGCAGUCACAUGUUCACAGACAUUUUUAAAUGAGCAGUAUUCUAUAUUCAUGUGGGAACCGUGAGCAUCUAUGACCUGCAGCCAACCUCAGUGGUGUGGAGACUAUCAACACUGCAUUCUGAAAACUGGGAUAUUUGACAAGGAAAUAUUAGUACUGCUGUCAUCAUCAAGCUCUUGGAGAUCAUGAAAUGAAUAAGAAGCUAAAUCUACUGUAUAGUAGCAAUCCAUUUGAAUAGCCAUCAUGUUCAGCCACAUGUAGUGUCAUUAAGAAGUUUUAAAUUAAUUAUAGUAAAUAUGAAAUAGCAGCUGUUACCAUAAAAAAGUUUUUUGUUAUCUUAAUCUAAUCUGUAAUGAUGUGACCAGUGCAAGCUACAUUUUAUUUUUUUGCCACAAUUUGACCAUGUAGCUGGAAGUAACAGCAUACACACAGAACUGUUCAAUCAGCUUUAUUAUUUUAAACAUGGAGUAAACUCAGUAGGUUG